AUGCGUGAACAUGUACAACCGGUUCAUUAUGAUCCUGCUACAGUCAAACAAUUAACAAGAGAAAUUGCUGUGGCUUGUGUUAUUGGUGCUGCUCAAGGUGCCCUAAUUAGUAUUACUACUGGUUUGAUAUUACGAAGGGUUUCAACAGUGUACCGGAAUGUAAGAACUCCUGUACGUGUAUUCUACCAUUGCUCAUGGAUAUCAAUGGGAGCAGUCUUCAGAGCCGAUAAACAACUUUUGAUCUUCCAGAACAAUUAUUACGCAAACGAACUGAAAAGAAGAAGUCAGAUCUUGGAUGAAGCUGCAGACAGAGGUAUCUUCUUAGAGGAAGAUUUUGUAUCAGAUGGUAUCACACGUACCAAAAGCUAA